GUGGAGACAGUUGACAACGGGUCCCGCGAGUGUUGAUUCGACGAAUACGAUAUUUGUAUUUACUUUUCGUAUGUUGCGCGUUUUCGUUGAAACAUCGUUAUUGACAGUGUCAUUUAGGAAGAAAUUAUGAUUCAAUAACGACGCGAUGCCGAACACGACCGAGACGGACAUGAGCGCGGCCGAGCCCGGGGCCAGCGUGGCCGCCACCGCCGCCGGCGAGCUCCCCGGGUCCGGAUCCGGGGCCGAGAACAUGUCGAGCGCGGCGAGCGUCUCGAGCGUCGCGAGCGUCGGGAGCUCCGCCGGGUCGGAGCGGUCGUCGUCGCGUUCGAUGCCGCCGCCGUCCAAGCUCCCGGGGCUCGUCAAGGCGACCGUCGCUAAGCCCAAGCCGCCGGGAGCAGCGUCCGGGAUCAGGCCGCCGGGCAGCCUGUCGGCGAGCAGCAGCGUGAGCGGCAGCAACACCAGCCUGUCCAGGGUGGGCCGCACGGGCCGCCUCUGCGACGGCCACCCCAAGAAGGAUCCCACCCCCUCGCCGGGCACCCCCAACGGGCCCACAGCCAACGCCAUUCGCAAGCUGAGUGAUGACUUCGCACGCAGCACCAAGCUCUCCGACUUAGACGACCCCGUGGCUGAUGCCUACUCCGCGUACUCCGAGCGGCGCCGCAGUUCGGACAGAAGAUCUUCAAGUGGCACCGAGAGCGCAUGGGACUUCCGUCGCCUCAGCGAGGCCGGGGUGCGGCGAGCCUCAGACGCCAGCGCGGUGCUGACGGAGGACACGGACAGCUUUAUCAUCGGCGAGCGCGUGUACGUGGGCGGCACCAAGCCCGGCCGCCUCGCGUACAUCGGCGACACGCAGUUCGCGCCCGGCGAGUGGGCCGGCGUGGUCCUGGACGAGCCCAUCGGCAAGAACGACGGCUCGGUGGGCGGCGUCCGCUACUUCCAGUGCGAGGCCAAGAAGGGCGUCUUCUCGCGACUCACGCGCCUCACCCGCUACCCGCUGCCCGAGUCGGCGCUCUCGUCGCUCUCGACGUCGUCGCUGCUGACGUCGCCGACGACGCCCGUCACGCGCAAGGCCGCGCCCCGGCUGGGCGCCGCGCCCACCCCCGCGCCCAAGGCCGCCUCCCCGACACCGACGCUGUCGCCCAGCGGCAGCGUGCGCAGCCUGGCGGCCGGCGCCGAGCUCAAGCUGGGCGAGCGGGUCAUCGUGAUGAGCAGCCAGACGGGCUCCAAGGCGGGCGUGCUGCGCUACAAGGGCCCCACCGCCUUCGCCGCCGGCGAGUGGUGCGGGGUCGAGCUGGACGACCCCAUGGGCAAGAACGACGGCUCCGUGGCUGGCACAAGGUACUUCGACUGCGAGCCCAAGUUCGGGCUGUUCGCGCCCGUGCACAAGGUCAGCCGCAGCCCCGCCCCGAAGCGCAUGUCCACGGCCAACUGCAAGGUGCACCACUCCAAGGGCCUUCACGGCAGCCGGGAGAGCCUCUCGUCCAUCGUGUCCGCCCGCUCCUCCAUUGGCGGCGUGAGUACGGCGGGCUCCACCAGGGAGAAGCUGGGCGUCACCGCGCUCACCGACAGGAAGGACUUGUACGGAACAACUCCGAGCCCGACCCCGUGCAACUGCACCAUCCACCUAAAUCCUCUGCCCAAAUACAAACUCGGUAGCUCAGCCUACAACUCGAGUUCGUGCAACUGCACCAUCCACCUCCUUAAAACAUCCACCCCCGGUCUUCGAACCACCCCCACCAGCACGUCACUGCGGUCUGGCCUCCAGGAUAACUACUUCAACAACUACAACAACUACAACAAGUACACCUAUACCUACAACUACGAUAUCAACUGGGAGGAUUGCUAUUGAUGUCCCUGUCCCUCACGGCCCUCUUGCCCUGCCGGGCCCCGAGCCUUGGGCCCGGCCCACCCUCCAAGGCACUCCCACAGGCACGCCCUUGGCAUAAAGGCACCUCCAGCACCUCCAGGCCGGCGUCCUUCUUUUGUCUCUCUCGAACCGACCUCCUCUUCUUCAGCCGUUGUACUCCUCCGCCGGGGGGAGGGGCACGAGAGUCUAGUCUAGUUUACAGGUGUAAAAAUCGUAGCAGGCUACAUUUUUUUACCCCGGUUUCUCCGUCUAUUUUUCAAAAGUUAACGUUAGUAGCUCCACGCAAAAGAAAAAUAAUUGAGGCACGAUGUAUCUGAAGCUUCUGCAUCAUUCUGUUUCGUAUUUAGUUUGAAUGAAGAGUUUGCGUUCAAUUAUCUCGAAAUGUUAUGUAGAAAUGUUUAGUAUUCUCACACAAUUGUGUCGAACACAAAUAAGUAGUGUGUAUUUUUACCAGUUUAAAAAAGCACAACUGCCUCCUCUUUCUUGGAAAAUAUAUCGACGUCGAGAUUUCUGUGACAACGGAAUACCCCGGAAGCAGAAAUGCAGUAUAUUAAAGAGAGCAAACUCUUUCACACCCCUAGACAAAGCUUGCACGAACCUUUUCCACUUGUGCCAAACUGGUAAGUAGGGCACGCGAGUCGAGGCGACA